CCCAAACAUCUAUUCCCACAGGGUUCUUAACGUUCUUAUUCAGUUUGAAAAUAAGCUGCAGUGGCAUUAGGAACACAACGAAAAAGUCAAUGAAAGGAGUCUCGGGGUCCUCAUCCGUACAUUAAGAGGGUGGAGCUAGUUUCUCUGUUUUCCAGCUCUGAAAUGCUGUAAUUCUGUAAGACGGAAGGGUGUGGAUUUAUUCACCCAUCGAGUGCCUCACCGUCCAGGCACUGUUUUUGGCCAGCGGGAUACAGCAGUAAACAGAAUAGAUAAAAUCCCUGCCUUCAAAGAGUUUGCAUUAUAGUGAGAGAAGACAUAAACACAAAUAAAAUAUAAUUGAAUUAAAUGGUAGUAGGUGCAAAGGAGGAAAGGGGGGAAGGAAAACGACAGAAACAGAGAAAACUGCUUGAAACGGCUUUUCACACCAUGCGAAAGGGGGAUAAGGAUUGAGAACUAGGGGUACCAGUGUGAAGAGACCCCGCCUAGUCUCCCAGUCAGACAACAGCUGGUACGCACGCGCAUUUGGGUGUCACCGACGAAAGCGCGUUCCCAGAAGCGCAAGCGCGUUCCCAGAAGCGCAUGCUCGUGGCGCGUGCGCGAGCCUCGCGAGCGAACGUGCGCGUGCCCGGCGUCCGAGGCGGUGGGUAACUGGGAGUUGGUGAAGCGCGGUUCGAGGCAAUUAUUUCCGGUCAGAGAAGGAAGCCAGUGCCUGGCCUUCUUAACCAGCUUUCUACCUGCCAUGAUCAAGUGCUUGUCAGUUGAAGUACAAGCCAGAUUGCGUUCUGGUUUGGCUAUAUGCUCCUUAGGCCAGUGUGUUGAGGAACUUGCCCUCAAUAGCAUUGAUGCUGAAGCAAAAUGUGUGGCUGUCAGGGUGAAUAUGGAGACUUUCCAAGUUCAAGUGAUAGACAAUGGAUUUGGGAUGGGGAGGGAUGAUAUAGACAAGGUGGGAAAUCGUUAUUUCACUAGUAAAUGCAACUCGCUACAGGACUUGGAGAAUCCCAGGUUUUAUGGUUUCCGAGGGGAGGCCUUGGCAAGUAUAGCUGACAUGGCCAGUGCUGUGGAAAUUUCAUCCAAGAAAAACAAGACAAUGAAAACUUUUGUGAAACUGUUUCAGAAUGGAAAAGCCCUGAAAGCUUGUGAAGCUGACCUGACUAGACCAAGUGCCGGGACAACAGUAACAGUAUAUAACCUAUUUUACCAGUUACCUGUAAGGAGGAAAUGCAUGGAUCCUAGACUGGAGUUUGAGAAGGUCAGGAAGAGGAUAGAAGCUCUUUCGCUUAUGCACCCUUCCAUUUCUUUCUCUUUGAGGAAUGAUGUUUCUGGUUCCAUGGUUCUUCAGCUUCCUAAAACCAAAGACAUAUGUUCCCGAUUUUGUCAAAUUUAUGGACUGGGUAAGUCCCAAAAAUUAAGAGAAAUAAAAUUUAAAUACAAGGAGUUUGAGCUCAGCGGCUAUAUCAGCUCUGAAGCACAUUACAAUAAGAAUAUGCAAUUUUUGUUUGUGAACAAAAGACUGGUUUUAAGGACAAAGUUGCAUAAAUUCAUUGACUUUUUAUUGAGGAAAGAAAGUAUUAUAUGCAAGCCAAAGAAUGGUUCUGCCACUAGACAAAUGAAUUCAAGUCCUCGGCAUCGGUCUAACCCAGAACUCCAUGGGAUAUAUGUAAUCAAUGUGCAGUGUCAGUUCUGUGAAUAUGAUGUGUGCCUGGAGCCAGCAAAAACGCUGAUUGAAUUUCAGAACUGGGAUACUAUUUUGGUUUGCAUUCAGGAAGGAGUGAAAAUGUUUUUAAAGAAAGAAAAACUAUUUGUGGAAUUAUCAGGUGAGGACAUUAAAGAAUUUAGUGAAGAUAACGAUUUUAGUUUAUUUAGUGCUACUCUUCAGAAGCAUGUGUCUUCUGAUGAGAAGGGUGACCAGGUCAGUUUCCAAGAAGCAUGUAAUAGUAUUUUGGAUUCCUAUGAAAUGUUUAAUUUUCAAUCAAAAGCUGUGAAAAGAAAAGCUACUGUAGAAAACAGAAGAAACACACAGAAUUCUAGAGAUUCAGAAGCUACCAGAAAAAACACAAAUGAUUCAUUCUUGUACAUUUGUGAAUCAGAUGGCCCAGGCCAUGGUAAAGUGACAGAGUCAUCUUUACAAAACAAAGAUAGCUCUUGCUCAGAAUCAAGGAUCUUACAACAACAGACAGCUGAAGCAUCAGAAUGGGGAGAAAAUGGGAAACAUAAAAAACUUUGCUUAGAAUGUAACUCUUCAGAAAGUCCAUGUAGAACCAGUUCAGAAAUGUUUGUAAACCCUUUUCAGACAUCAUACUGCUUUGAGAAGAAUAGAGAAGAUCUAGAAAUACAGAAAGCAAGUGCUAUUGUUAAUGGCAUGGCUGCCAGUAUCCUGAAAAAUAAUGGAGUUCAGAAUCAAUUAGAGAGAUUUAAAGACGCUACCAAAAUGGGAUCCCAACCUCUGCCUUUUGAGACAACGUUAUUGAGAGUACGUGGUGCUCAGAGAGAGGAAGAGAAAGAAAAACAACCUAGUAAUUGUGGAAGAGUAAACAUUUUUAGUUAUGGACAAGUUAAAUUAUGCUCCACUGGCUUUAUAACUCAUGUGGUACAAAAUGAGCAAACUAAAUCAACUGAAAGAGAACAUUUACUUAAAAACUGUAUUCAACCUGGUCCCGUGAGUGCCAGAGAAACAUUUGUAAACAGAGCAUGCCAUUCAGUUGAGACUCCAAACAUCGAAGAUCCAACCAGCACUUUAAGUAAAGACCUUGCUCAACUGUCUGACAAGAAAUUGCGCAGAACAAAUACAAGUUAUGGGCUAGAGAACAAACCUGUAGCAACUUGUGAAAAUAUUGCUGUUUCUCAGGAAGGUACUAAAGAAUCACACAUGGAUUGCUUAUUACUUGACACAUCCUCUUCUUCCCCUUGGUGUAGAUAUGUUUCAAAUGGUAGUAAGAAAAUAGAUAAAUUGAUUGGUUUCUCCAAACCCAUAGCCCGUAAGAAACUAAGCUUAAGGUCACAACUGGGAUCUUUAGAGAAGUUUAAGAGGCAAUAUGGGAAGGUUAAAAGUCCUCUGAAUACAGAGGUGGAAGAAAAUAAUAAUUCUGAAAUCUCUACCAAUCUCGGUCCUCAAGUUGAACCUGACAUUGCAUGGAAAGAGAAGAAUCACUUAGACAACUCAGGCAUUUGUAAAAUCACUGCUAUGAAACAUAAUGAUUCAAAUAAUAAUUGUCUGCCAGUAAGUCACAUCUUUUACUCAAAGAAGUUUCCAUUCUCUAGUGAAGAAGAUUGUUUGGAACAACAGACUCCUUGCUUAAGAGAAAGUCCUGUAACUCUAAAGGAAUUAUCUGAUUUUAACAGAAAACCUUUGGAUGCCAAGCAGUCUCCUAAAUCUUUAGCCUCUAAAUUAUCCAGAAUGAAAGGUUCCAAAAGAGAGACUCAAGCAUUGGAAAUGAUGGGUCAUUUUAAUGAACUUCCACAAUCAGAUUCUAGUAGGAAAGACCAUGACUUGUGCAGUGGGUUAAUCCUGGAUUCUUGCAAGUUGUUUAAAAAUGAGUAUAAAAAAACAGACAGUGGCAUCAUUCCAGUGUUGGACUCUGUCACACAGGAUAAUCCCUUCAAUAAAGAUAGUAAAACAUACUCUAACAACAACACAACAGGGAACUCCGUGAUACCAGAAACUCCUUUGGUAUUACCCCGUAGUCAUUCUAAAGUCAUCAGUGAAGAUACAGAUGUUCUUAUAGCUUCAGACCCACAGACAGGAAGUCCUGACUCUCCCAGUAAAAUGUUAAUGAGUCACAUGGAAGAUGGCACAGCUGACAGAAAAGGAACUCAUUUUCAGAGUGAAGAAUCUAUAGCAAGAACUUGUUCUGAAAAUGAAGAGUCAAACACAUGUUCUUUGGAUUGGCAGCAGCAUUUUGAUGUAGCCCUGGGAAGAAUGGUUUACAUCAACAAAAUAACUGGACUGAGUACAUUCAUUGCUCCUACUGAGGAUGUUCAGACUGCUUGUACUAAAGACCUGACAACUGUAGCUGUGGAUGUCAUACUUGAGAAUGGAUCUCAGUACAAGUGUCAUCCUUUUAGAAGCGACCUUGUUCUUCCCUUCCUUCCUAGAGCUCGGGAAGAGAGGACUGUGAUGAGACAGAAUAACAGAGAUGCUGUGGAUGAUACUGUUGGUAAAGAAUCACUUCAGUCUUUGUUCUCAGAGUGGGAAAAUCCAGUAUUUGCCCGUUAUCCAGAGGUUGCUGUUGAUGUAAGCAGUGGCCAGGCCAAAAGCCUCGCGGUUAAAAUUCACAAUGUCUUAUAUCCUUAUCGUUUCACCAAAGAAAUGAUUCAUUCAAUGCAGGUUCUACAGCAAGUGGAUAACAAGUUUAUUGCCUGUUUAAUGAGCACCAAGACUGAAGAAAAUGGUGAGGCAGGUGGAAACCUGCUAGUCUUAGUGGAUCAGCAUGCCGCCCAUGAGCGUGUCCGUUUAGAGCAGCUGAUUGUUGAUUCCUAUGAGAAGCAACAGCCACGAGGCUCUGGUCGGAAAAAAUUACUGUCUUCCAUUGUAAGCCCUCCACUAGAGAUAACAGUGACAGAAGAACAAAGCAGACUCUUACGGUGCUACCACAAAAAUCUGGAAGAUCUGGGCCUUGAAAUUAUAUUUCCAGACAAUAGUGAUUCUCUGGUCCUUGUAGGAAAAGUACCACUCUGUUUUGUACAAAGAGAAGCCAAUGAACUUCGAAGAGGAAGAUCUCCUGUGACCAAGAGUAUUGUGGAGGAAUUUAUUCGAGAACAAGUGGAGCUACUCCAGACCACAGGAGGCAUCCAAGGGACUUUGCCACUGACUGUCCAGAAGGUGUUGGCAUCCCAAGCUUGCCACGGGGCCAUCAAGUUUAAUGAUGGCCUGAGCUCGGAGGAGAGCUAUCGCCUUAUUGAAGCCCUGUCGUGGUGCCAGCUGCCAUUCCAGUGUGCUCACGGGAGACCUUCUAUGCUGCCGCUGGCUGACAUAGACCACUUGGAGCAGGAAAAGCAGGUUAAACCCAAUCUUGCUAAACUUCGCAAAAUGGCCCAGGCCUGGCAUCUCUUUGGAAAAGCGGAAAGAUGUGAAACAGGGCAAAGCCAGAGGGCAUCCAUGCCUCCUUGUGAGCCACCGUGAGAACAGAAUUAUUGAUCUGUAAGGAGCCAAAGGGAUGCUAACUGCCUCUGAGCAGAUAGCAUGGGCUGCAGGUACCAGCAGAGUCUGAGGCCACCAGUGUCUCCAAGCAACGUGAUCAAUCAGUCUUGAGCAGAUGAUCCCUCCAAGCUAAAGACAGUUCAUUCAUCUGCAGUUGUGGACUCAGGAGGUUGCCCUAUGAUAUCUACUUUUUAUAACUUAUUUAGAGAUAAAAUUUAAUGACUAAUUGAUU